AUGAAAGCUUAUUUGAAAGCUUUGAAUUUGUGGGAAGUUAUAGAAGAUGGAGUAAAUCCAACACCUCUUGGUCCUGAUCUAACAUUAGCUCAAAUAAAGAAUUUUGAAGAGCAAAAGGCCAAGAAGCCAAGGGUAUUGAUAUGUUUACAUUGGGGUUUAUCAAAAACUAUAUUCACAAGAAUCAUGGCUUGUGAAACUCCAAAACAGGCCUGGGAUAAGCUAAAGGAGGAGUUUGAAGGUAGUGAUAGAAUGAAAAUAGUUAAGCUUCUCACUCUAAAAAGGGAGUUGUUGGGGGAUGAAUUUCCAAAUUUUAAAGUUGUGGAAAAGAUUUUAAUCAGUCUACCAACUAGAUUUGAACCUAAAGUAUCUGCUAUUGAAGAAUCAUGUGAUCUUAGGACUUUGUCAGUUGCUGAGCUUAUUAACAAAGGAAAAGCUAUCAUAAGAGAAGGAAGAACAAGUGAGUUUCCACCCUGCAACUUUUGUAAAAAGCCAAACCAUUUAGAGAAGGAUUGCUGGACAAAGGACAAAUCAAAGGUACAAUGUAGGUUUUGCAAGAAAUUUGGGCAGUUUGAGCAAUUUUUCAAGGCCAAGCAAAAUCAAACAAAGAAUCAGAAUCAGCAGCAGAAUCAACAAAAACCUAACUACACUAAUGAACAUGAGGAGAAUGAGACCGAAAAUGUGUUCGUGGCUUCUCAAGUCACAAGAGAUGCCAGUCAAGAAACUUGGUAUAUUGAUAGUGCUUAUACUAGUCACAUGGCCAAAGAGGAGAGCAUGUUCAAUAAACUAGAUAGAUCAAUUAACACCAAAGUGAAACUUGGAAAUGGUCAAAUUCUUUAG